AAUGGCAAGUCCACGUUUGCUUCGACCUUCCCUAUGGAUUGACAUCGUCAUCAUCACCAUCAUCAGCAUCUUGUCAAACGAUUCUUCCUUUGGCCUAUAAAUAGCUUGAGUCUCGCUCACCCUAAAAUGGCCGCUGCCAUUGUAGGGUCUUUAGCCGCUUCCUUAGUAGUCAUUUCUUCUUCGUCUUCUUCGUCUUCUUCAUCUUCUUCUUCUCGUUGCUCAUUUCACAAUUCUACUGCGUCUGGAUAUAUCAGAAGCUUGCGGUGGUCACCGGAACAGAGAUAUUCUUUUGCAAUUUCACGCCUUUGUUACAAUCGCAGAGCCAAGUUCAUGGCCCACACGCUUGCUCGAGCCACUCUAGGCCUCACUUGUCCCAACUCGCUCGAAGCACCCAAGAUCUCCUUCGCCGCAAAGGAGACUGACGUGACAGAAUGGAAAGGCGACAUUAUCGCAGUGGGUGUGACAGAGAAAGACAUGGUGAAAGACGAGAACUCGAAGUUUGAGAACUCGAUCUUGAAAAAGCUAGAUGCCCACUUAGGUGGUCUCCUUGCCGAGGUCUCAUCCGAGGAGGAUUUCACUGGAAAAGCUGGUCAGUCGACAGUUUUGAGGCUCCCUGGUCUGGGUUCCAAAAGGGUCGGCUUGAUUGGGCUUGGACAGUCAGCUUCUUCCACUGCAGCUUUUCGGGGUCUGGGCGAGGCUGUUGCAGCAGCGGCAAAGGCUUCUCAAGCAAGCAAUGCUGCUAUUGUGCUUGCAUCUCAUGAGAGUCUCUCAGAUGAAUCAAAGCUCAACACUGCUUCAGCGAUAGCAUCUGGGACUGUGCUGGGAGUAUAUGAAGAUAAUAGGUACAAGUCAGAGUCAAAGAAACCAGUUCUUAAAUCUGUGGAUAUUCUUGGUCUUGGAACUGGACCAGAACUGGAGAAGAAGCUCAAGUAUGCUGAAGAUGUUUCUUCUGCAGUGAUUUUUGGAAAAGAGCUUGUAAAUUCACCUGCCAAUGUACUUACCCCUGCUGCUCUAGCGGGGGAGGCUUUAAAGAUUGCUUCCCUGCAUCGUGAUGUCAUUUCCGCGACGAUCUUGAAUGAGGAGCAAUGCAAAGAGUUGAAAAUGGGCUCCUAUUUGGGUGUUGCUGCUGCCUCUGCUAAUCCUCCUCAUUUCAUCCAUUUGUGCUACAAACCUUCAAGUGGACCUGUUAAAGCCAAGUUGGCAUUAGUUGGAAAAGGAUUGACAUUUGACAGUGGUGGCUACAACAUUAAGACUGGACCUGGCUGUUCUAUUGAGCUCAUGAAAUUUGAUAUGGGAGGUUCAGCAGCAGUUCUAGGUGCUGCAAAGGCCAUUGGUCAAAUUAAACCUCAUGGAGUUGAGGUUCAUUUCAUUGUUGCAGCUUGUGAGAAUAUGAUUAGUGGGACAGGUAUGAGGCCUGGAGACAUCGUUACCGCUUCAAAUGGGAAGACAAUUGAGGUAUACAAGAGCAGAAGUACUUCAAAUCUAUAUUCAUGUUCAGUUUAUAUUUUAGUAUUAUGCCAUAACACCAUGUAAACUAUCUUGCAGAUAAUUGACCUGGCAACCUUGACUGGGGCCUGUGUUGUUGCUCUUGGGCCAUCAAUUGCUGGUGCCUUUACACCUAGUGAUGACCUGGCAAAGGAGGUUUUUGCAGCCUCAGAGGUCACUGGAGAAAAAUUUUGGAGGUUGCCAUUGGAGGACAGUUACUGGGAAUCAAUGAAAUCUGGAGUGGCUGAUAUGGUCAACACUGGUGGCCGUCAGGGUGGUGCUAUUACUGCAGCUCUGUUCUUGAAACAGUUUGUUGAUGAAAAGGUUCAAUGGAUGCACAUUGACUUAGCCGGCCCUGUGUGGAAUGAGAAGAAGCGUUCAGCAACAGGUUUCGGAAUUGCAACUCUUGUGGAGUGGGUUCUGAAGAACUCUUCAUCGUAAGAGUACAGGUGAUAGUUGUUGUGAAAUAAAUCCCCUUACCAUAAUAAAUUUAUUUGAGGGAAAAGUAGAUAGCACGAGUCGGGGCGGAUUUGUUUGCCAGUUGUUACUCCAAAUUAGAAGAACUUGCUAUUCAGCUGUGAACAAAACCUGAAACUUGGCUUUUCAUUUAUGCAAUCUUCGGUAUGCUUUUGAAUCUUCGAUUCAAUGGUUGUUACAGUAAUGCCUACCAAAAUUCACACUCGGCAGUAAUCCGAUAACUACGCAAUGUUUGAUUUCUGUAUAGAGUGACUGAAUUGCCAUAGAAUAGUGUAGAAAAUGGCAUGGUAAUUUAGAGAAGCUGUAGAAUUUCUGGUGAUAUCAUGUUGGGAAAUAUAACCAGAGGACAUGAAAACAGGCUGCAAAAGGACUUACUGGCUUUUAAGCUGAAUUGUUGUUUGAGCUUUUA